AUGACACUGACUGCACUCGUGACCGGCGGAGCGUCAGGCAUCGGAGAAGCCAUAUGUCGAAAGCUGGCCAGUCGCGGAAUCGGGCUGUUCAUCGCCGACAUGCAGCACGAGCGAGGAACGGCGGUCGCGCGUAGCAUCGCACAGGAAUACCGAGUCCCCGUCGAGUACCACCGUGUAGACGUGCGCCAGGAGGGCGAAGUCAAGCGGCUCGUGGAUAUGGCCGCGAAGCGGACAGGGCGGCUCGAUUACGCAGCGAAUUGUGCGGGGAUUUGUGAGAAGGUGUGGGAGGAGGAGGAGAGCAUCACUACGGAACUCUUUGACAGGACUUACGCCGUGAACGCCCGCGGUUUAUGGCUUUGUCAGAAACACGAAGCUCUCCAGAUGCGAACCCAAGAACCUCGGCCGGUGCAGUCCACACCGCCUGCUACCUUCCCUAUCAAGCCCCAGCGCGGCGCCAUCGCAAACAUAGCAUCCAUCUCCGGCCUUCACGCUGUAGGCCUCGCUGCGUACACGCCUAGCAAGUACGCCGCCGUAGGGAUCACGAAAAAUGGCGCCAAGUUUUACGGGCCCGACGGGAUCCGCAUCAAUGCCAUCUGCCCUGGUUGGACGCUCACUGCCAUGAUCGAGCAUUCAAUGGGCGAGGAGGGGAAGGCGGGUUCGAAGGCCAGUGAGGAGUCCGCGGUCAAUCAGCAGAUCGGGCUGAGGAGGAUGGCGUUUCCGCAGGAGCAGGCUAACGUGAUGAGUUUCCUGCUCAGUGACGAGAGCAGCUAUGUGAAUGGCUCGUUAAUCGUGUGUGAUGGCGGCUUUCAUGAUAUCCGCUAG